CCCCUCUUUUGUCAGCUGCUUGGUUGCAGCGAGACAACCAUUGUUAACCCCCACCGUUGCGGAGCUCCACCCGAGAGAGUGGAGAAGCGUAGCAAGGUGCGUGUGGCAGGCUCGAACGGCGUUGCCGUUGGCUGUGGGGACGUCGACGAGGCCGUUGGUGCGGCACGUGCGUUUGGAGCGUUGGAAGGCGCGGCAGGCGGCGAGACGGGCAAGCCGGCGGCCGUGCGGAAGCAGGCGAGCGGGAGCGGAGCCAGGCGGACGCGAGUCCGUGGCACCGACGGUGUAGCAGACAAGGAGCGUGCGUGCGGCAUGGGCUUCCAGACGAGGAUGGUUGCCGUGUUCUCCAAGUACGUCGCUGCGUACACAAAGCAGAUUGUGGCCGACGUCCGGUCCAAGACCCGGGCGGUGGCGGCCAAGGUGGACGUGGCGGUGGCGGUCGGCGUGGCCAUGGCGCUGGGCGGGAUGGUGGCAGUUGGCGCGACCGUGUACUACGGCCUGCUCACGCCGUACCUCGAGUGGAUUGCCGCGCUCGGUCUCUGGGGCAACGCCCUCAUGGUCGUCUCGUUCGUUCCGGUCUCGGUCCCGUUUGUCAUGGGCUACACGCCGCUGACGCUGGCAACCGGCUACAUCUACGGCAUCUACGGCGGCAUAGUCACCUCGCAGAUCGGCGCGCUUCUCGGCGCGUGCGUGGCCUUUGUAGGCACGCGCAUGCUGUGCCGCGACGCGCUGCGGGCCAAGCUCGACAAGUCGCUCAAGUUCCGCGGCUUUAUGAAGGCCGUCGAGUCGCACGGUUUUAAGAUCGUCGUCCUCAUGCGGCUGGUUCCGGUCCCGUUUGGCAUCCAGAACGGCGCCUUUGCCGUCUCAAACAUCUCGUUUGGCCGCUACAUGGUCGCCACCGCUCUUGGCGUCCUCCCCGGCCAGGUCAUGAUCAACUACUUUGGCACUACCAUCCACUCGCUCGGCGACAUCCUCUCGGGCAAGCACGAGUUUUCCGAGUGGCAGACGUAUAUGCUCUACUCGCAGGGUCUUGUGGUCGCCUUUCUCUUUGUCUUCCUUGGCUACCUUUCCAAGCGCGCCAUGGCCUACGCCGAGCUCGACGACGCGCUCGACAUUGCCCGGAGCUCGGGCAAGAGCGCCAUGGCCUCGUCGCCGCACGGCUUGGCCGCCGCCGCCGCGCCUGUCGUCCUCACCGCUGCUGCCGCCUCCGCCGCCGCCGCUGACCAUCCCGACGUCGACGCCACUGCCCGCGACAAGUGCCGGCCCCGGACCCGGACCCGUCGCGCUGGCUCGCACCACAAGCGCCAUCUCAAGGCCUCGUCCUCCGAGGACUUUGACACCCUCCUUGGCGCCGAGUCGGGUGGCCUCUCUGUCGGCCCGGGCAAGAGCCUGCUCACCUUUGACUAUGCAAGGCGCUCGCGCGGCUCUGUGGCCGAAGAGACCCGCGUGCUGCGGACAACCUCCAACUCGAACAUCGCCCUCACCGUUGCCCACCACCAUCCCUCGCGCCAUUGACUUGCGCCAGCUGUUGUUUGUAAACGUUACGAUUGUUUUGCACAGA